ACGUGAAUAAAACAAUAAAGAAACAGAAGGAGAAAGACGGCUGGUUCUAGACAAAAUCAGGUCCAUUGUCCAUGGGGGAUGGUCAGGUUUAGUUUAAUGGCUACCUAUUUCCAACGCCAAUGAACUUAGAUUCAACUUUCAACCAUGGAUAAACGUGAGUAGGCGGUGAUGGCGGUGGAGAUACGGGGAAUGGAAAUAAGGGAAUGACAAGCCACUUAUCCCGCAACCGGAUAAAAACAAAUUCAGGUUCCAUUUAAUAUGGAGACUGAAUGAUACCAAUUUAAUAUUACUUUUUAGCCGGCAAAAGAUGUGACUUCAUAACCCACAUCAUUGAUUAAUCUUUGGCUGCCUUCACAUGUUCAAUUCUGAAAAUCCCUAAAAAAGUUCCUUUUUUUUUUUCCAUUGACUCUACUACCUAUAUAAAUCUGUGAUGGGAAUUUAAGGAUUUCAUCUAUAAGUUGCCCCCACUAACACCCAUUAUCCAGCACAACAACAGAAUAGCCAUGGUUACAUUUUCACAAACACCUUGGAGUCGUUAUAGGGCUCGAUGUAUAAGUUUACCUGCUCGAUCGCAUCCAUCCACGAUUCGUGUUGAGGAAGAACUAGCCAAGCUUAGAUCCUCGGAUCCAUCAUCUUUCUCAAGCAUUGAAGCCAUUUGCAGUAGUCUCUCCGGCCUUGUGGAGCUCUACAGAUGCAUAAACGAGGUUCUUAACCUGCCACUGGCCCAACAAGCCCUAGCUUCACACCGACGUGAAAUUUGGGUACAGGAAUUGGUGGAUGAUUCUGUUAGAUUCCUGGAUAUCUGCGACAACACGAGAGACACUGUUUUGCUGAUAAAAGAAAGCAUUAGAGAACUCCAAUCUGCGAUCCGACGAAGCAAAUACGAAGAUUCAGGCAUCGAAAACAGUAUAGCUGCAUAUAUCUGCUUAAGAAAGAGGAUCAAACACGAAAGCUUGAAGAAAUCACUCGCAUCACUGAGACAAAUGGAUUGCACCACCGGAGCCUCUCCUCCUCUUCAAUUAGAAAACGAAGUAACGGCGGCUGUAAUCAGGGUGCUAAGAGAAGCAAGCUCUGUCACCUCCUCGAUCUUCAACUCGCUAUUGUCGUUCCUCGCCGUGCCGGUGCAGUGGAGGUCGAAACCAAGCCGAUGGACGUUGGUGUCGAGGCUUGUCCAAAAGGGAGCGAUAAGCCGGAACAAUCAGACGGAGAGAAUGAACGAGUUGGAGAAUCUGGAGAUAGCGAUGGAGGAAUUACGAUUUGGAUCAUCGAGUAGAGAUACAGAAGCGAAGGAGAAAAUUGAGGGAAUUGUUCGAGAGAGAUUGAUGGGGUUAGAUUCAAGCAUCGAAAGAAUCGAACGAGGAACAGAAGGAUUGUUCAGGGAAUUGAUUCAUACCAGAGUAUCUCUUCUGAAUAUCAUAACUGAGUGAAAUCUGAUCGCAUUGUGAUUUCCUCAUCUCAUGAAUUGAAUUCCGGCUAUCCAUCAAAAUCGGUUUAUGUACAUUCGUGAACUUAACUCCGUUAUUGGAUUUUACAUACUAAAUAUACUGUAUUAUUAUCAAAUUUGGCUGUGAAUUUUGAUUUUGAAUCAAGAAACAACUUAUCAUUCUGUAUAAA